GGGGGUAUCUGCAUGUUGUGAUAAUCUGUAGCGUUUCUACAGGUAACAUACGGAUGAUAUGAUAAGUUAUGUAGAGUCCAAACACGUCUCUAAUAAAUGUUAUAUUAUUUCAUUCAAUAAGUCGUGACUUUGCUUCUUAUGGUAUCUCUCUGCUCACCUAAGGAGAAAUACUAACAUUAACGAGUGUGGAAUAAAUUUCUAUUCCAAACUAUUGGAUAGAAAUGGCUGUCGUCAACGUGUUAUGUUUUCGUAAAAACCUCCAAGGAUUCCUACCAAAACGACUUCUGGUUCUUAUAACCUUAAGUACUGUUACUGUGAUAAUUUACGGUCACACACUUUUACUUCGACAUUUAAAAGAAUCACCAACAAAUGUGCAUAUUUCCCAAUCAAAUCACACCUGGAUUUUGUCAAAGAUGGAGGCAAAAAUGAAAUCAAGUUUGAAAGAAAGUUUUAGAGUUGACUCCCUGAAGUUGAUGCAUUCAAAAAAGCUUCCGAAAAUCACAGAUCUGGAUAAUAUACAUUUCGCAGAUAGCAAUCGUAACAACACAGAAAAAGACGACGACACAGAUCGCCAAGACAAAGAAAGCGUUGUUGCAAAUAAUAGUAUCAAUUUUAAAGACAAAAAAGACAACCUUAGAGCUAAAGACCGAAAAAUACAAGAUAACUAUCGAAAUGAUUCCAAAGAGAGUCAGAAUGUUGAUGGUAACGGUCAACUUGUCCUGGACAACGAACAUGGCCUAGGGGGAAACGAUCACAACAUCACUGACACGGAGACGAAGGUCAAAAGUCACUCCAAUGCAACCCUGUGGAAAAUAGCUCCCCUUUACGCAGCAACCAUUUUCCCAGGCCGUCUCGGCAACCUGAUGUUCCAAUAUGCUUCUCUUUUGGGCAUUGCGCACGACAACAACCGGCUGCCAAUUGUUCCUAAAAACGUUCACGGUCUUACUGGAUACUUCAGGUUGACUGAGACUCCGCGAGUAAACACAAAAAAGUGGAAAUCCGUGUACGCCCGGUAUUGGGGUUACAAAUCCGAGAGCUUCUACCCAUUGCCACAAGAGAACGUAACGCUGUGCUGUGAUUUACAAAGCUUCAAAUACUUUGACAGCAUAGCAGACACCAUAAGAAAGGAGUUUACUUUUAACUUAAACACUCAACGAAAGGCGAAUGAUAUCCUGGUCAACGUUGGCGUGCACCCAAACAGAUCUUCUAUACUCGUUGGUAUUCAUGUCAGAAGAGGAGAUUACUUAGACAAGCCUAGAAUUGCUGCUGGAAGAGUUACUGCCCCUCCGUCUUACUUCAAUGCUGCUAUGAGGUGGAUGAAAACGAAAUUUCCAAACGAUCAGAUUAUCUAUGUGGUUGCCAGUGACGAUCUGAAAUGGUGUGCAGAGAAUUUCAAAAACUACACCGACGUCAAGGUUUUGCCUGACGCCUCAGAAGGUGUCCACAUGGCCAUUAUGGCGUCCUGUGAUCACGUGAUCAUGUCGACAGGCACGUACAGCUGGUGGGCAGCCUGGCUCUCAGGCGGGAUUGGCAUCUACUACAAGAAGUUCCCGGUUCCUGGCUCGCAACUUGACAAGGGUUUAAACAGGUCUGACCACUACCCGGAACAAUGGAUACCUCUGUGAGGUGAAAACUUCGCUAUUUAUUUUUAUGAGGCCAGAUUGGAUUAGAUAGAUUACGACGGCGCUCAAUGGACGUAGGACGUAUAAUUUUUGUAGCCUUGGUAUUUUCUUCUGUUGCUUGCUCCUCCCAGAUGCCCUGAAUACAUAUGGGGACUGGUGAAAACCCAAAGUUCAGUGAUUUGAUUUCUGAGAGACAAUUUCUAUUCUAACAUAAUGAUUGCACAAAAGUUAGGUUUGUUUAGUGCUAAAAGAACCAAUAGAUUGUGUAAAUUUGAUCUUUUCUCGGAAACUGCUCUCUUCUUUCAGUCCCAUGUGCACAGAUUUCUAAGGGUCAAGGCCAACUGCAAUUUUGCUACAACAUUGAGGACGGAACUUAUUCAGUUUUCAUACAUAAUAUUUAUUUAAGUCGAAUUGUGUUUUUUUUUCAUGUUUUUUUAUUCUUUGCUUCAUUUUUUUGGUACCCCAGUACGUCAUAUCGUAGGUGAGAGUAUACCAUCUUUACAAGGAGAAUAUAACCUCCC